AUGAUCAUCGAUGGAUCAACACUGGAGGGCGGCGGCCAGAUCCUUCGCAACUGCGUCGCCUUUGCGGCCAUUCUCAACAUUCCACUCCACAUUACCAACAUCCGAGGUAACAGGGCCAAGCCGGGCCUCCAGCGGCAGCACUUGGCCGGCCUGAAGCUCGCAGUGGAGCUGUGCAAUGCGCGAGCCACGGGGCUGGAGCGAGACUCCACUCAAGUGACCAUCGUCCCCGGCAGCGAGAUCAAACACGGCCAGUUCACGGCGGACGUAGAGAGCGCGGGGGCUUGCACGCUGCUCGCUCAGAUCAGUCUCCCCAUCGCCCUCUUUGGAUCCGGCAGCUCCACCUUCGUCCUCAAGGGUGGCACCAACGUCCCAUUCUCGCCACCUUUCGAGUACCUCAAGCGCGUCUUCCUGCCAGCCCUAGCGAGGUUUGGCAUCCCCGAGGGCGCCGUGGAGGUGUGCGAGGAGAGGCAGGGGUUCAUGCCGGGUGGUGGUGGUGAAGUUAGGGUUAGGAUUGAGCCCCUGACGAGGCCACUGGUGGGUGCGUGCCUGGACGAGCGCGGGGACGUCACGAAGUGUACGGCGUACGUGUCCGGGGCGUGUACGGCCGCGUUCGAGGCCGAGGUGGCGAAGGAGAUACAGGACUGCCGGAAGUUGGCGGUGGCGAUGGAGAGCGAGUUUAGGGUCAGGAGAGUGGAUCGCGAAAGCAAGUGCCAAAUGCAGGUGGUGCUUGUGGCAGAGACGAGCAAUGGGCACCGGAUUGGAGCGUCGGCGCUGACGGGCGGGAAGCGGAGCUCCGGGAAGGGACUGGUGGCGGCGGCGGUGGUGAAGAUGGUGAAGCAGCUCGAAGGGGAGGUCUGUGUGGACGAGUAUCUGCAGGAUCAAGUGGUGAUCUUCAUGGCGCUGGCGAGAGGGAGGUCGAAGAUGAAGUGUGGAGAGAUUACGCUCCACACGAGGACGGCCAUCCAUUUUGCAAGCCUUUUGAGUAGGGCGGUGUUUGAGAUCCAAGAACUUGGAGGAGGAACCAACAUAAUAAUGUAUGACGAGAGAAACGUCCCAAUGGGCUAUGGCCUCGUCACCUUUAGCAGCGAGAGAGGCAUGCGCAAGGCCAUUGAGAAGAUGAACGGCAAGCCGUUGCCGGACACGGGCCCUGAGCGCCACCCGCUAGACGUGUUUGAAGCAAAGCCAGGGAGGGACUCUUGGAGCUGGGACAUGCGAGAGUGCGGGAGGUGUGGACUGCCCGGGCACAGCAAAAGGGAUUGCAACACCAUUCCUCCUACCGAUCCAAAGCAUGUCUUUGCGGGAGAGCUCGAGAGCGACCCAUUUAAUCCUGAGGUGAGUUAA